CAAACCGUAGAGCGACUCGGUCGUGUGGAAGCGCGGAUAAUAUCGAAGUAAAGGAGCAUUCGGUGAUGGGAAUCCAGUGCUGACGCUAAGGCACGAGUGAUAUAUUCGCGUGUGUGGCGAGCAAGUGCAACAAAUAGCAAUGUUUUACGUCAGCCUAGGAAUCCUCCUUCUGAUUCAUGGAGGUAGAGCAAGUGAUACGACGCCCUCGGCGUCGGCCACUCUUGGGACGCUCUAUCGUCAGGCACGAUCUGAUCAGUACUACAUGAGCAGAUACGGAAGUGACAAUACCCCGUUGAGUUCCGGUACCAUCAACGUCAGAGCGGAUCCCGUGGAACAUCGGGAUGCUGCGUACUACGAGUCGCGCUGCAUCACCUGCGACCCCAACAAAUCUACUGGCACCGAUCGGGGCGCCUACGUAUCCGGUUCGAAGUACAGACCGAGGUACGACUGGUACGAUGAUGAUCUGGAGGAUCGAAGAUACCGUGACCGAUACGACGACUACGACCGAUCCAGGGGACCUGGGUACGACUACGAUCGUUAUGAUCAGUAUGGACGAUACGAUUUAUUGAGGCCCUUGUACUAUGGCGAUCGGUAUGAUCGUUAUGAUCGGUAUGAUCGAGAUCGGUAUGAUCGGGAUCGGUACUUUGAUAGAAAUUAUGACAGGGGUUACGAUCGAUACAGCGAUCGUGGCAAUGGCUAUGAUAAUUUGGACUCUCGUUUUCCAUACGAUCGUUAUGAUCGUUACAAUCGGCGACCCUAUGACGACCCUUACAGCAGAUACGAUCGGAUCAAUAGUUACGGCGGUGGCAAGUACGACAGGUACGAGCCGUCCGAAAAGCAUUAUUGGAGGAGACCUUCCGAAGAUCGAUAUGGGUAUGAUCGGUAUGGUGGAAGAGGAACCGGAAGCGACGGAAGAGGAUAUUACUCUGGAGGCACCUGGGGACCGGGAUACGACAGAGGAUACGCCAGUGCGUGGAAUUACGGCGGAAAUCGAAAUAACUGGAGGGACGUGAACAGAGAUCGUGAUGUAGGGUAUUAUCGGCCCCGAGAUUAUUUCUAUGACAGUACUGCUGCACCGGGUGGCAUAAGAGGUACGAGUUAUCUUCACGAACGGCCUGAAUCCUCGACAAAACCGAACACGAAUGAUCAAGACAAAGCGACGAGUUCGCCGCAGUCUCAGGACAACAAAGUAUACAAAGACUAGAAGCAUGAUAAGAGCAUUGCUAAUAAGAUCGUGAUACGAAGAUGGUCUUCGAUUAAUUUAUGGAGGACUCGAUCAAGGGAAGGAAAUGUAAAGAAUCCAAUAUAAUCCUAUUCUUACUUAAAAGGCAUUGAUCGUUCAUUAACGCCUUUUAUGUAACGUCGUUGGGCAUCAUUAAUUUUGCACAAGUUGAAAAUAUCCUUUCGACAAUAUAAUACAAAAAUUAAUUAAAAUUUUUUUAAUAAAUUCUCUUUUUUUUUUAAUCUGAAUAAAUUCCUGUCUAAAGGCUUUAAAUUAAGAGCAGCACCCUCGUAGUUAGUAAUCUAGUAUCUUAAGUGUUCACAAUGUCGAAUGGUGUGCAUCAAAUAAUACCUUUAAUCAAAUUCAAUACAGUGCCUGGAAUCGAACGUUUAAAUGAUAAAAAUAAUCAAAGUGUGAAAUAAGGCAGCGACUCAAUCAAGACUAAUGAUAACGACCCAACAUUUACUGCAUAACUAUACCGACAUAGUUAGUAACUUAUUCUGUCCAUCGCAUCCAGCAAGACUUACUUCUUGCCUAUCGUUAACAUUUAUUUAACUACUUUCAUAAAAGAACAAAGAAAAAUAGAACAGCGAAUAAAAGCUAUCGACAAAAGA